AUGUAUUCGUUCCCGCCGGGUAUUACCAUACAAGACAUCAAGGGAUAUGGAACAAGUGGGAUGGCGGCAUUGAUUCCCGAUACACAGAUUAUCAUCAAAUUUCCAGUCACUGAGCAAGCGGAAGAGCGCGAACGUUGCGACCGAGAAAAAUCAAUAUACCAACUAUUUCAAUCCUAUAAACACCCGGACUCUUUGCUACAGUACCAUGGUGAUACUGAAUAUGGUAUUCUCUUGGAAUAUGCUGAGCUUGGGCCAGUGAGAUUAUUUUUACAAGGAUUGGCAUCUCCUCUCCCUGUAUCAGAUCUUCUUCGUUGGGCUCGAGAUGUUGCCUUGGCCUUGCAGUUUAUUCAUUUGAACGGCGUCUCUCAUGGUGACGUUCACUGCACAAACUUUUUCCUCAACAAAGAUUUGCAGAUAAAACUCGGUGAUUUCACUAGCUCUUUUAUUCACUCAAUCAUUCCAGAGGAUGCUUUACAGGAAGAUUUUCGAGAUUUUGGAUCUGCUCUUUUUGAAAUGGAAACAAGGUGCUUACCGUUUCCAAGUCUUUCUACAAUUGAAAGGGAAGAGGCACUACUUGCAGGAAAAUAUCCUGAUAUUACUCAAACAACAGUCCUGGGACCUAUCAUAUUGCGUUGUUGGAAAGGUGAAUACAAACGGAUGGAAGACAUCAUAAAAGACAUUGAUAAAGCUGGUAUGUUCAUUCUUCUUCACAAAAUCCCAGGUUCUGAUUGA